ACAAUCUUACUUUGAUAACUCAUAUGUACAUAAUACAAUAUAUGUCAUUUGUGUAAAAGGAAUACCUAUGUAAUACAUUCAAAUAGACAAAAUUUGAAUAUUAAGUUAAAACAUAUUGUGUUGAAAGAACUGUGUUCAUGAACGGUGUUGGCUGCAGGGCUUUUACUGUAUCCAUUCAAUUAUUUAACAAAUCAUGGAACCAAACGAUACCAAUGAGGAUAUAGUCCGCAUUUAUCUCUGUGGACCACAUAGCACAGGAAAGACAACUCUGAUGCUUGACCUUGAACCUCAUUUGCCCGGGGUCAAGGUUGUAGAAGAAGUUGCAAGGUCAGUUAUUAGAAACCACGGAUGGAAGAGAGAUGAUUUCAGGCCGGAUAAACAUCCUGACGUGUUCAGACAGCUGAAUUUUGAAAUACUUGAAGCUCAAAUUGAAGUGGAAAAGAGGUUUUCAGAAAUGAAUCAAGAUUUCAUAUGCGAUCGAGCAAUAGAUCCGAUUGUGUAUUGUAAAUUUUACGUCGGACCUGAAGCUAGAGAUAGAAUGUUUGAAACACCGAAUAUUCAGCAGUGGAUAAAAAGGCUUCAAAACUCGCUAAUUAUCUUGGUGGCUCCCCACAAAGAAAUCAUCACAGAAGACAGUGUGCGGCUGGCUUCCAGUUUCGAAGAACUGUGUCAGUUUUACGAAAGCUUUGCGAACGAGUUAAACGUAAAUGAGAUACCGUAUAUUGAGUUACAUGAACUUGACAGACAGAAGCGAAUUGACAUUGUAUUGAAAGAGCUGGUUGAAUUUAAGGAAAAACGUCGACAUGGCUUCAACGAAGUGUCAGUUGAGUGUAACGCGGGUAAAGAGUCAGAAUGUAACUAGUUUUAUUAAAAAAUGUUAAUCCGUUACUAUACAAAUAUUUGUAUUGGUAUAUCAACAAUAACAAAAGCGGUAAGAACAGGAUGAAGAAAAUAAAUAAGAAUUAUAAUAAGUACAAGAAUGUGUUAAAAUGGUCUGACAGACAUUUACGCGGAAACAGAAUUGGAAAAACUGUGAGAAAGUUAAGUAGCUGAGGCAAAAUAGAAAUUGGACGGUAUAAGAAUGGUUUAGUGACGGUCAGAUUAUAACUUACGCGGUAAAAGAAUGUAUGCAAAUUAUCAGAGAUGACUAUAAGCGGGCCGUCGACGAAUUUUCAAUAAUAUUGAACUGAAUGUUGUAAGUAUCCUCUACUUUAUAUAUAUAGGUGUUGGAGUACAAAUUAAUCCUUUUUCUAUAAAAAAGGAUUGGCAAAUUGGUGGCAAAAAUGCCUAUUGCAUGGAAUCAAUAGUAUUGUCAUUUUAACUACUCGUUGAUGGUCCAGUAAGGCGUCAUAAGAAUGUGUGGACACGGUGAGAAUGUCAUUUAGGUGUUAAAAAUGGGUCAUCUAGGUCAGACGCUAACUUAGGCGGUAAAAGGGUGUGUUAAAACGGUCAGAGAGUUACUUAGAUGGUUAAAAAUGUGUAACUACGGUAAGUAAGUAACUUAGCGAGUAAAGUAAUGUGUAAAAACGGUCAUAGACAAACGUAGGCGGUAAACUAAUUAGUAAAAAGUUAAAACGGUCAGAGUUAUUUGAGCCAGUUAAACAAUGACCAACUUUACUUUGGAAUUUGUCAAACCGGUCGGUGAGUGUGUGGGGCGGAUUAAAGAAAGCAUGAACACAGACUGAGAGCUACUAAGGCGGUGAAGGAACGGUUGAAAGCGGAUACGAAUGUGAAAUAUAUGAAUGACUUCAAAAGAAGAAAUAGUUAUAAUUUCGGCAGUAAAAAAGUGGGUCAAAGAUGAGCAGUUACUCAUGUGGAAAUCAGUAAAAAACAGAAAGGGUUAGGAUGACUAAGCUUAUUCUUUUGAAAAGUUCAGCUCAUGAAAGGGUGAAGUAUACAUGUUGAUAAACAGUUUAUUGAUACCUUAUUUGAAUUGUGUUGCGUCGAAUAUAUAUGUUUGAUAGUGUAAGUAUAAUAGUUUAUUUUUUAAAAUAAACUCAAACACAGGUAAUUGAACAGUUUAUAGGUACUAUAAUGAAUAAAUCAGUUUUAAUGAUAAUAUUUGUUUUUUUGGUCAAUAUACAAGUUAUGUAGGAUGUUUGCUGUAUGUACACACUUCAAACGUGCUUUUAAUUGGAGUUUUGAUAAGACGUUCAAGCAUCUAAAUGUUAAUACCCUAUAGUGUUAACAAACGAACCGACUCUCUUACCCUGAGCACUUCGUGCAAAAGAUUUUCUUUGAAAAAAGAAUUUUGGAUCCACGGUUUUUAAGCAGGAAUCAAAAUCUAUAAAAGUGUAUUAUAAAACGGCUUCAUUCUUAACUUAGCAUCAUUUGAUGAAGCAGUCAUAAAGGCCAAAUUGUGAGGGAAAUGUUUAAAUGAUGAACAACAUUUACUUGUAAAUUGGUAUUGAACCUUUGGUUCCGUUACAGGCCCUGUGUAAAGCGCAGAUGCUUACUCAGUACUACCCAUUUUCCCUACGGUCCAAUUUACCGGGUAUACACCAAUUACUGGUGUUUUUUUAUGUUUCCACAGCAUAAAUCAUUCAGCAAGUUAUCGCUGAUUUGUUUGAAGUUAGUAUAUGCAAA